UCAAAAGUUCUUGGGAAGAUGGCAAUGGGCCAACAUGUUGGGUUUAGUAAAAUGGUGACGAACCGCGAAAGCAAUGGUGAAACCAAGAUCCAAUCAUCAUCUUCAUCAACCACCAAACCGACACAGUACAAUCCAAACCCACCCUUGCGCCAUUUGUCGGUGUACAUUUCUAUUUCAGCAAAUUCACUUCAGGUUCGUCAAAUCUAAACCCUACUCCUUUCAAAAUGGGCAAAAUGGGAGAGGAGAAGAAAUCUGGAGGAUGUAUGGGCUGGUUUAUCGUCUUAAUUGUAGUAGGAGAAAUCGCCUUAGCCUUAGCCUUAGGGUUUACAUUGAGGAACAAGUUUCAUCACGAUGACGACGGUGAUUCUCCGGUUCCCAGGCCUCCAGGACCCGUUGCGCAGAAGUAUGGUGAUGCUUUGAAGAUUGCUCUGCAGUUUUUUGACAUCCAAAAAUCGGGUAAAUUGGUAAAUAAUGAAAUAUCAUGGAGGGGGGAUUCGGGCAUAGAUGACGGAAAAGAAGCAAAUUUGGAUCUUUCUAAGGGAAUGUAUGAUGCUGGAGAUCAUAUGAAAUUUGGAUUCCCGAUGGCUUACACAGCAACCGUCCUUUCGUGGGCCAUACUUGAGUAUGGUGAUCAAAUGAAUAAAGCUAAUCAACUGGAUUCUGCUAAAGACUCACUUAAAUGGAUUACUGAUUACUUAAUUAAUGCUCAUCCUGAACCUAACGUGCUCUAUAUUCAGGUGGGUGAUCCAGAUAUCGAUCACAGUUGUUGGAAUAGACCUGAAAGUAUGACCGAAAAACGGCCUCUAAUACAAAUAAACGCAUCCACUCCUGGAACAGAAGUUGCAGCCGAAACCGCAGCAGCAAUGGCAUCCGCAUCAUUAGUGUUCAAAUCAAGCGACUCAACAUAUUCAAACUCACUUUUAAAACACGCCAAAGAAUUAUUUACAUUCGCUGAUAAACAUAGAGGCUCUUACAGUGAAAACAUCCCUCAAGUUCAGAAAUAUUACAAUUCAACCGGUUAUGGUGACGAGCUUCUGUGGGCUGCUAGCUGGCUUUAUCAUGCAACUAAAGAUCAAACAUAUCUCGAUUAUGUUGUUGGAAGUAAUGGUGAGACUUAUGCUAAUUGGGGAAGUCCUACUUGGUUUAGUUGGGAUGAUAAACGACCCGGGACCCAGGUUCUUUUGUCAAGGGUAAGCUUCUUCGAUUCAAAAGCUGCUACAGAUGCAAGCCUCAAAAAGUACAGAAAAACCGCCGAGGCCGUAAUGUGUGGUCUUCUGCCGAAAUCCCCAACAGCAACAUCAAGCAGAACAAGAAGUGGUCUUAUAUGGAUCAGUGAUUGGAACGCUUUGCAGCAUCCGGUAGCUUCUGCCUUUUUAGCCGUUGUUUACAGUGAUUACAUGCUUACAUCACGCACCCAAAAAAUCCAAUGUGAUUCAGCCUCCUUUUCAGCUAAAGAUCUUAGGAAAUUUGCAUUGUCACAGGCCAAUUAUGUGUUGGGAGACAAUCCAAUGAAAAUGAGUUAUCUGGUUGGAUAUGGUGACAAAUACUCGCAAUUUGUGCACCAUAGAGGAGCCUCGAUACCCGCUGACGCAACAACCGGGUGCAAGGGUUGGCAAUGGCUUGAGUCAGACCAACCUAACCCUAAUGUUGCAAUGGGUGCACUUGUUGGUGGACCAUUUUUAAACGAGUCAUUUGUUGACGACCGUAACAACUCAAUGCAAACCGAACCAAGCACUUACAAUAGUGCAGCCAUUGUUGGGCUUCUUUCGGGUUUGGUUACAACCUCAUCAGUGGCUACAUCCUUCACAUGAUUAUACUAUCUUAUUUGUAUUAUAAUUAAUUAAUAUUGUGAGAGAGAAUUUGUUUGUGUAGGGGUUAGUAAUAUCCACGUUAGAAAUAUACAACUUAUGUGAUGAGUGUAUAUACUGUUAGGUGUCUUGCUUGUUAUCACUUGUUUUUUGACUUGUAAUUCUAAGCUAAAGUAUGAACUUGUACUUCGUGAAUGAUUUUGGUUGUGCCAACUGCCAAGGUGUGGAUGUUGUUAAA